GCUGAUUCCCAAGGCGAUUAAACAACCCAACAUGCGUCGAAUAUCAAAAAUCAACAGGUCAGUUGACCUUUUAGGCGCAAGCUCCACGCGGACCCCUUUGAAAUACCUCUGCGUGACAUGCCGAAACCACGCAAAUACCUUCUCGACGACCACCACAAAAGCGAAGGAGGGCGGUUUCUUUUCAACAGAAAAUUUACGAAAAAAGAUAUGGGGUACGGACAACCCCCCAGGACAGAAGGACCCAUACACGAAGCUUGAUAAAAAUGAAGCGGUGGAGCAGGAAGCAUCCGAGGGCGAGAUAGCGGCGGCGAAAGAGGCGAAAGAGGUGAAAGAGAAGAAAGAGAAGAAAGACUUUCCAACAGUCAGGAAACCAAUAAAAGGAUCAAUUGUCCAACAGCUGCGGCCGGAUCGAAUUUACAAAAAGCCAAAGUAUCUGUUUGGAAUGGAAGUUGUUGGGGAUUCAGUCCCGGAACUGCGAGCCGAUCAAAGAUUCAAGGCAUUCAUACCAGAGACGAUUGAGAAAGAUCCUGCGGUUCUGACAAUGGCAUUACACCGAGCAGUGGUGGAGAUAUUUGCCUUGAAAUGGGCUAGAAAGCCUCUGACCUCGAUUUCUAAGGAGGCACCAUGCCGCGAGUUAGAUUGCACGAUGGAUGUGGCGAUUACCCCAACCGCGAAGGGCGCAACUUUGGUUUUCCCUGAGCGUGGCACCCUUCGGUUAAUAUUACAGGAGCUUGCUUCGCCUUCGAGCAGUAAAGCUAGUGAGGAGGCUCCUGUUCAGCCAACGGAAUCUCAGGAAGAUGUCGAUGCAGAUAGAUCACCUGUCGACCCUCUCUACCCCACAGAAAAGCCGAUUGAGCACGAACUACCAGAAGACAGAAAGCCACAGCCCACAAAGUCUGAAGAGGACGUGGCUGCUGAUCGUUCCAAGGAGAACCCACUGAAGAAUGCAAAUACGAAUCGGGACGUCCUCAGUACUGAAGCGGUAGUUGGAUCCUGGGGUACCACAUGGCUUCAGGUGCCAAUUAAGGAUCUCGAAGUCAAAUUUGCUGUAAAUAAUUCCCCCAAAACAGCCCAGAAACCUUGCUAACAAGUUCAUCAGAUCAUAAAGAGAAUGAUGCAAUUGACUGGUGCCCGGUUCCCAGACUCAGCAAUUCAAUCAGCAAAAUCAGUUGAAAAUAUUCUCUCAUAUCUAAUCAAACCACCAAAGCCAACCAAACUGGCCGAGGCCAUUACCCAAAACCCCGAAUUAUUAAAUCUGCCAAACGUCUCGAUAUCUCAACACAAGGUAACAUAUCACGACAAGGAACGAAAUAUUGGUCGACAAAAGCUUGUAAGAGCCGAGUUGAUGGCGAGAGGACUCCCUGUUUUUGCGAACAAUGGACGAAGAGUCGAGUGGAAGAGUGUUCCCACAAAUAACCAGACUACGGCUGUGAGAAAGUAAACAAGACAGCUUGUACUACAAAACCUUGGUUCGUUACCCGGGCCUUGCAUAGCGAGGAAAGCAGGCAGAAUUAUGCGAAUGCCUUCAU